AGGAAUUAAUUUCCUACUGACUUCAAUCAAUCCAAACUAAUCAUGCAGGUAGUUAAGGACCUAGUGGCAUCUUUUGAUAUAAUCAGUUCUCGAGAUAAUCAAGGGAACAUAGCACUGCAUGUGGCAGCCUUUCGAGGACAUUUGUCAGUUGUCGAAGCCUUAAUUAUUGCAUGUCCAUCAUCCUCCACCUUGACAAACAAUUCUGGAGAUACUUUUCUUCAUAUGGCUGUGGCAGGUUUCAGAACUCCUGGUUUCCGAAGGCUUGACCAACAAAUGGAGCUCAUGAAGCAGCUGGUUUGUGGAACAAUUGUAAAUAUUCAAGAGAUUAUCAAUCUCAGGAACAAUGAUGGAAGGACAGCCCUUCACAUAGCUGUGAUUGGUAACAUGCACUCUGACCUUGUUGAACUGUUGAUGACCGUAAAAUGUAUCAACCUAAACGUUCGGGAUGCUGAUGGUAUGACCCCAUUGGAUCUACUCCGGCAACACCCACGAUCGGCAUCAUCUGAAAUACUGAUUCAACAAUUGAGUUCUGCUGGAGGAAUCUCAAAUUCAAAGGUCUACAUGGCAAGAUCAGCCAUUGCUUCCCAUGUAAAGAUGCAGGGUAUUGGAAACAGUCCAGGUACUUCUUUCAGAGUUUCUGAUGCAGAGAUAUUCUUGUACACAGGUAUUGAUGCAUCAGAAACAGGUGGAAGGCCUAGCUCAUGCUCAAGUGCUAGCAGGAGUGAACUCCCAAAUUUUGGAACCAUCUCAGGCCAGAAGAAACAAAAUUCUGUCAACAGUGCAGCAAAGCGGCUCAAGAUUCUACUCAGGUGGCACUGUCUGAAGGCGAAGAAAACUAAUACACCAAAGAAGUUGGGAGACAAUGACUCAAUGGACUCAUUCAAGAAAUGGAGCGAGCGUGAGGAGACACCAACUCCCCUCCGACAGCGAUUCUCCAGGGGAACAUCGCUUCCGAACAACAAGCGAACUCUCUCUGUUAGGAGUUCCAUGCCAAGUCCUGCCAUGAAGAAGAAAUUUGCUGCUGGUCUAAUGCAAGGGGUCAUUCAAGCGAUGCCACAUUUGGCUCCUUCAACACGGUUUCCAUCUGAUUCUUUCUCGAAGUCAUCGACGCCAUCCCCAGCAUCAGAUAAACAGAAAGUAAUCUGUUUGCAAAAUGAGCCAAGUGGUGGUGCCUGCUGCUCAAAUUCAUCAGUUACUGGUGGUGGCAUGAUAGAGAACAUAUCACAGAAAUCUGGUUUCACGAAUGCUAGCCUAAUGAAUCAAUAUUUCUGUUUUGGCACACAAGACCUGACAGUGGAUGAUUUAGUCAGUGGACAGCUAUCAAGUCGGACAUUCAAAUGUUCAGUUUUAUCCAUGGCUUAAUUGACCCAUUGAAAGAUAUGGAGCUUGUGGCAUAUCUAUGUAUUUGUCAAGGUAUGCCUAGAAUGGAUGUAGCUUUCAGUCUGAACCAUAUCUAACUUCUGGAAAUAACUUGAGAGAAUGUUAACAUCACAUCAUCAGUGUUAGUCUGCUUACAUCAUUUCAUGCAUUCAACCAUAGACUUCGCAUUAACUAGAUGGUGAAUAAUUGAAUGUAUCACAAAGAAUUGUUUUUCAACCAGAAGUUAAUCUUUUAAGGAUGUUGAUGACUGCCUCA